CGGCCGUCGAAGCUCGGCCCGGCGCCCCACCGACGUACAGGAGAGCCGCCGGUCCAGCUCCCGCGCCGGGCUCGUCGCCACCCCGGGCCCCGGGAGGUCGAGAAGACAAGCCGUCUGCCCCGGGGAGACGGAGGCCGGCGUGCGCUUGGAGGAGCGGCCCUCGCUGUUGCGGCCCUCGGAGCGCGGAAGCAGGACCCGGCGGGAGCGGGGCCACCCACCAUGUCCACCUUGCUGGAGAUCAAGAGCAGCGUGCUCAGGCAGGUGCAGGUGUGCCCGUCCUUCCGCCGGAGGACUGAGGAGGAGCCGGCGAGCAGCAGCACCGAAGUGCAGGAGCCCGCGGCUGGGGCCUGGAAACCCGGAGAUGGUGUGGAGUUCUUUGCCCAGAUGCGCCUCAUCCUGAAGAAGGGGGAAAGCAGACAGGGCCUGCCGUGCCCCGAGGUCCUCCUGCGCAGUAGCUCCCCAGCCCCCACAGAGCCCGUGGACCCCAGCCGUGGCCUUAGAGCCCUGACCCAAGAGGAGGUGGAGAUGCUCUAUGAGGAAGCCUUGUACACAGUCCUUUACCGCGCAGGGACCAUGGGCCCCGACCAGGUGGAUGACCAGGGGGCCCUACUGAGCUACCUGCAGCAGGUGUUCGGCACCAGCCCCGAGCAACAUGCUGAGGCCAUGGAGCGUGUGAAGAAGGCCAAGGCUCCCACAUAUGCCCUGAAAGUCUCCGUCAUGCGUGCCAAGAACUUGCUGGCCAAAGACCCCAACGGUUUCAGUGACCCGUACUGCAUGUUGGGCAUCCUGCCGGCCUCAGGCACCCUGAGGGAGCCGGGCCCACACAAGGAGCAGCGCUUCAGCUUCCGCAAGGGCAGCAAGCGUGGUGGCCCACUGCCGGCCAAGUGCAUCCAGGUCACUGAGGUCAAGAGCAGCACCCUGAACCCUGUGUGGAAGGAGCACUUCCUCUUUGAGAUUGAGGAUGUCAGCACCGACCAGCUGCACCUGGACAUCUGGGAUCAUGAUGAUGAUGUGUCCCUGGUGGAAGCAUGCAGGAAGCUGAAUGAAGUCAUUGGCCUAAAAGGCAUGAGCAGGUAUUUCAAACAGAUUGUCAAGUCUGCCCGCACAAAUGGGACAGCAGGGCCCACGGAGGACCACACCGAUGACUUCCUGGGGUGCCUCAACAUACCCAUCAGGGAGGUGCCCGUGGCUGGUGAGGACCGCUGGUUCAAACUGGAACCGCGCUCCAGCGCCUCCCGCGUGCAGGGGGACUGCCAGCUGGUCCUCAAGCUGAUCACCACACAGAGGGACACGAGCAUGAGCCAGCGCGGGCGCUCGGGCUUCCUGUCCUACCUGCUGCUGCUCAGCCGUCUGCUGCAGUUCGAGCACCAAGCCGAGGAGCCCAACUCGAGCAGCUGGCGCGGUGAGCUUAGCGGGCCUGCGGCCACCGUGCUCUGCCUGCACGGCGCCCAGAGCAACCUGUCGGCGCUGCAGCUGGCUGUGCUGCACUGGCAGGUCAGCAGCCGCCACCAUCAGACGCGCACCCUGGACUACGGCUACCUUCUGGGGCUGCUGGAAGAUAUGCAGGCACACUGGGAAGAGGCGGCCUCGCUGCCCCAGGAGCAGGAGGAGGGACUGGCAGACAGCUUCUCCGCCUUCUCUGAGUUUGGGCUUCGGUUGCUGCGCCAGCUCCGAGACUACUUCCCUGCCACCAACAGCACAGCCGUCUACCGCCUGGAGCUGCUGUUGAAGUGUCUUGGCAAGCUGCAGCUCUUCCAGCCUUCCUUUGAGAUCUGCCCCUUCGAGACGGAGCUAAACAUGGACAUUGCUGCUGCCCUGAAGAGAGGGAACCGUGAAUGGUUCGACAAGCUCCUGAACUCCCAGAGUCCUCGUGAGCAGCCGGGGCCACAGCGCCUUGCAGGGCUGGUCAAGCUGGCUGACACUGUCUACGAGGAUCUGCAGUCCUGCUAUGGCAUCUAUGCCAGCCUCUUCCACAGCAUCAUCAAGAUCGACUUCUUCACCCUCACCUUUCGGCAGCUGGAGCGUCUGGUGGCUGAAGAGGUGUGGGUGCUGACGGAGGAGCUGAGCCCGAAGAUGACCCUCGAGGUGGCCUCAGGGCUUUUUGAGCUCUACCUGACCCUGGCAGACAUCCAGUGCUUCUGGAGCAGCAUCCCGGGCCGGGACAGCCGCUCCCUUGCCCUGGCUGGCAUCCAUGCCCCAUUCCUGCCUGCUGUGAAGCUUUGGCUGCAGGUGCUGCGGGACCAAGCCAGGUGGAGGCUUCAGGGAGCCGUGGAUGUGGACACGCUGGAGCCCAUGGAUUCCUCCUCCAAGCACAGCAGCUCCGCAGCCACUGCAAGCCUCUGCUUCAGCCACAUCCAGGAGCUGUGGGCCCGCCUGGCAUGGCCAGACCCUGCCCAGGCCCAGGGGCUGGGCACCCAGCUCAGCCAGGACCUGUGUGAAGCCGCCCUCUUCUACACAGAGCUGCUGCGGAAGAAGGUGGACACUCAGCCUGGGGCAGCAGGCGAGGCAGUGAGCGAGCCACUCUGCGUGGUCCUCAACAACGUGGAGCUCCUGCGCAAGGCUGCUGGCCAGGCGCUACGUGGCCUGGCGUGGCCGGAGGGGGUUCCAGGGCUCGAGGGUGUGCUCCCGCGCCCCCUGCUUAGCUGCAUGCAGGCCCUGGAUGAGGACCUGCAGCGGGAGGCCCGAACCGUGACAGCACACCUGACCUCCAAGAUGGUGGGUGACAUCAGGAAGUACGUGCAGCACAUCAGCCUCUCGCCUGACUCCAUCCAGAACGAGGAGGCCAUGGCCCCGCUCCUGAAGUACCUGGACGAGAAGCUGGCUCUGCUGAACGCCUCGCUGGUGAAGGAGAACCUGAGCAGGGUGCUGGAGGCCCUCUGGGAGCUGCUGCUACAGGCUAUUCUGCAGGCUCUGGGCGCAAACCGUGACGUGUCUGCUGACUUCUAUGGGCGCUUCCACUUCACGCUGGAGGCCCUGGUCAAUUUUUUCCACGCUGAGGGCCAGGGUUUGCCCCUGGAGAGCCUGAGGGAUGGAAGCUACAAGAGGCUGGAGGAGGAGCUGCGCCUGCAUCAGUGCUCCACCCGGGAGUGCAUCGAGCAGUACUACUUGGACAAGCUCAAGCAGAGGUCCCUGGAGCACAACCGGUUUGGGCGCCUGAGCGUCCGCUGCCACUACGAGGCGGCCGAACAGCGGCUGGUGGUGGAGGUGCUGCACGCCGCCGACCUGCUCCCCCUGGACGCCAACGGCCUGAGCGACCCCUUUGUGAUCGUGGAGCUGGGCCCGCCGCACCUUUUCCCUCUGGUCCGCAGUCAGAGGACCCAGGUCAAGAGCCGGACGCUGCACCCCGUGUACGACGAGCUCUUCUACUUCUCCGUGCCCGCAGAGGCCUGCCGCCGCCGGGGUGCCUGCGUGCUGUUCACCGUCAUGGACCACGACUGGCUGUCCACCAACGACUUCGCAGGGGAGGCAGCCCUGGGCCUGGGCAGCAUUGGUGGCGUCGCGAGGCCCCAGGUGGGAGGGAGCGCGAGGGCCGGGCAGCCGGUCACCCUGCACCUGCGCCGGCCCAGAGCCCAGGUGAGAUCAGCGCUUAGGAUGCUGGAGGGCCGCAACAACAAGGAGGCGCAGGAGUUUGUCAAGAGACUCAAGGAGCUGGAGAAGUACAUGGAGGCGGACCCCUGAGGCCCUGCGGCCGCCAGCCAGGCCCUCCCCAAGUCCCCGUGUUGUUCUCUCGCCGUGGUCAGCUUUGUGCAGCCGGGCUCGUGGUGCCCCUUCCCCUGCUUCGUGGUGUGUAUGCUGUGGCUGGACUCCCUGGGCUCCCUUUUGCCCUGGUCAUGUCUCUCUGGUGUGUGCUGUGAACCUUCUGUGCCCAGUAAGCCCCACCCCACUGGAUCAGGACGGCCGACUGGGCAAGGUCUGGCCAGCAGCUACCCCCCCCACCCCGGAGCAGAGAGAGCAGGCCUGGCCGCCAGGUGAGCUUCCCACCUUCCCUCAGGUUCCACAGCCACAGGGCAGGAGGGUGCUGGUCUUAAAGCAGGGCUCUCGUGGGGCAGCCUUGCCCCCCAGGGGACAUUAGGUGCUGCCUGGAGACAUUUUUGGUAGUCAGUCACAACUGGGGAGUGGGUGAAGGCUGUGCUAUUAGCACCAGUGGGUAGAGACUAGGCUUGACAUCCUGCCAUGAACCCUCCCCCCCCAACAAAGAAUGGUUCACCCCUAAAUGUCACCAGUGCUACAGAGGACAGCCCUGUCCUAAAGGAAGUUCUGUCCUCGUCUCUCCAGGGCUGAGGCAAGGCCUCACUAGCUGGAGAGGCAGGAAGGUGCGUUUUGAGUCUGGACAAUCCAGGCUUUGGAGGGCGAGGGUGAACAUGUGCAGUGUCCCCACCCUUCUCCAGGGACCCUCCAUCCCAGAGGGCAUGUGGAAGGUGGUUUGCCUGAGAGCUGCACAGGUCUCCAGUCCCCACCCAGCUGACAGGCCCAGGGUCUCUGGCUGAGGAUGUCAUUCAAGGCUGGUCAGUGUAAGGGGCUCCAUGCCAACUGGCCAGCUAUCUGGCAUUUCUUUUCACAAAUGCAUGGGUGCCCACACAAGACCUACCCUGCAGCCCCAUCCCCACACCCCAGACCCCUCUAGGCAGGGUCUGCCUCACUAGAGGCUGAGGGUCCCCCCAAACCCCCAGGCCAAGCGCAGAGAAGCAGAGGCUCACACAGGGUACUCCUUGGCUUGCAGCUUCAUUGGGAGGGCUCUGAGGCAGGACCCAGAGCAAGGCCGGGUUAGAAGCACAGGGAGAAAACCCAGACAGAGUCCAGUCCUGCUGGCAGCUGCAGGGGCUGAGGCCACCAGGCCUGUGUGUGUGUUCCCGCAAGUUCCACUGCCAUCUCUAGAUGUCCUCGUCACUCUGCCUCGGAAAAUAUACAUGUCUGCAGCUUUCA